AUGUUCCACGGGAUCCCAGCCACUCCAGGCCUAGGAGCUUCUGGGAACAAGCCUGAGCUGUAUGAGGAAGUAAAGCUAUACAAGAAUGCCCGGGAACGUGAGAAGUACGACAACAUGGCCGAGCUCUUUGCGGUGGUAAAGACAAUGCAGGCCUUGGAGAAGGCAUACAUCAAGGACUGUGUCACCCCCAAUGAGUACACGGCUGCUUGCUCCCGACUUCUGGUCCAGUACAAAGCCGCCUUCCGGCAGGUCCAGGGCUCUGAGAUCAGCUCCAUCGAUGAGUUCUGCCGCAAGUUCCGUCUGGACUGCCCGCUGGCCAUGGAGAGGAUCAAGGAGGACCGGCCAAUCACCAUUAAAGAUGACAAGGGCAAUCUGAACCGCUGCAUUGCCGACGUCGUCUCGCUCUUCAUCACAGUUAUGGACAAGCUUCGCCUAGAGAUCCGAGCUAUGGAUGAGAUCCAACCCGACUUGCGGGAAUUGAUGGAGACCAUGCACCGAAUGAGUCACCUGCCCCCUGACUUUGAGGGUCGCCAGACAGUUAGCCAGUGGCUGCAGACACUGAGUGGCAUGUCGGCCUCAGACGAGCUGGAUGACUCCCAGGUGCGGCAGAUGCUCUUUGACCUGGAGUCUGCCUACAAUGCCUUCAACCGUUUCCUGCAUGCCUGA